AUGAUAACGCCUCCUCCUCCUCCAAAGCCAUUAAUAUUUGAUGCUUCAAUUCUUCAACACCAAGCCAACGUACCCUCUCAGUUCAUUUGGCCUGACCACGAAAAGCCAUGCCUUCAGCCCCCAGAACUUGCAAUCCCUCCUAUUGACAUUGGAAGUUUCCUCACUGGAGAUCCUUUGGAGGUCUCAAAAGCAACUCAGCUAGUAAAUGAGGCAUGCAAGAAGCAUGGAUUCUUUCUAGUUGUUAAUCAUGGUGUUCACUCAGAGCUUAUAGCUAAAGCUCACGAGUACAUGAACAUGUUCUUUGGCAUGCAACUCUCAGAGAAGCAAAGAGCUCAAAGAAAGAUAGGAGAGCAAUAUGGAUAUGCUAGUAGCUUCACUGGAAGAUUCUCCUCCAAACUUCCAUGGAAAGAAACACUUUCUUUUCGAUAUUCUGCAGACAAUCAGUCCUCUAACAUCGUCCAAGCAUACUUCUUGAAUGUAAUGGGAGAAGAAUUCAAACAAUUCGGGAAGGUGUACCAAGAAUAUUGCGAAGCCAUGAACACUCUUUCCCUUGGAAUUCUGGAGCUAUUAGGAGUAAGUCUAGGAGUUGGACGAGAAUAUUUUAGAGAUUUCUUUGAAGGAAACGAUUCAAUAAUGAGACAAAAUUACUAUCCUCCUUGCCAAAAACCGGAUUUAACUCUUGGCACUGGGCCUCACUGUGAUCCGACCUCCUUAACAAUCCUUCAUCAAGAUCAUGUCGGUGGCCUUCAAGUGUUUGUCGAUGAAAAAUGGUACUCCAUCAGUUCUGAUCCGGAAGCUUUCGUCGUCAACAUUGGUGACACAUUCAUGGCUUUAUCAAAUGGCAUUUUCAAGAGUUGCUUGCACAGAGCUGUGGUAAAUAAUGUAACAGUAAGGAAAUCCCUUGCUUUCUUUCUAUGUCCUAAAAUGGACAAGGUGGUGAAGCCACCAAAUGGUUUGGUCGACUCUAAAAAUCCAAGGAUAUAUCCGGACUUUACAUGGCUAACUUUGUCAGAAUUCACACAGAAACAUUACAGGGCUGACAUGAAAACCCUAGAUGCCUUCACAACCUGGCUUCAACAAAAGAACAACCGAGAGGGUACCAAAAAUAUUUUUCCCUCUUAA